GUGCGAGUUCAUGUUUGCGAAGCUUCACCACGAGGUAGUCGUCCUGAUAUUCCGCUUUGUGGGGAUUCCGUCUGAGUAAAGGAUUGAUAAGUAGAGGGAUCUAUAAGGAAGAGCCUGGGCUUGGGUUCGACAUCGCCGUAGUUCUCUUUGUCGUUGCGUGACUGCGUGCUCUUAUCGUCAUUCCCGCUUGCACCGUAUUCGGUCGAGGCUGUGCCUGCUGGAAUUAAAACGAAUAGUGAGGUCUUAGUACCGAAUGCUGCAACCCUCCAAAUGCUUCUCUCCAUAUCUUCUUUGACCUUCUUGGAUAACCACGGGCCCGGCGAUGGCGAAGGAACGCAUUCCGGGGAUUGGGGGACGUCCAUGAUUUAUGGAGGCUACCGCCCACAGACGACCGUUCGUUUUGAAUUCCAGGAAGGUUCACUUUGGUCUGCAAGGAUACAAAGAGCGUAUCUUUGCGAGACGAAUGGCCGUUGUGCGGGCUCAGAUGCAACGUCUCGGAUCAUUGGCCCGACGUGGGCGCCGUCUGGAAGUUCGAGACCCUGCUUUCUGGUAUCUAUGGGCGUGGAUACCGAAAAAGCUGAACCCUCGUGGGAUCAGCAACUAACGGAGGCUGCUGCUGACGGCUGAGGAAGUAUCACUGUUGUACCAAGACCUGAGCUCUAAUGUCAGGCUAAUUUGGUAGGUGAGCUUGGAUCCAAUCCACCCCAAGUGCGUACGCAAGAAGUGCGCGAGGUGAUAGUACGCUAGAACUGAGCUCCAUUCCGCUCGGAACCCGGAGACUAUAGGUCAGGGCUGGCUUUCGAUGAUCCUGCCGAGAACGGAGGGUGUGAGUCCAGCUUAUACCUCUUGCGAUGGGUGGAUCGCCAGUACGCCUGAAAAGUGCGUGAG